GCGUUAUUGCUUCUCCAAACUGCCGGCGUUCGUUUUGCAGCCUUUGCUUCCCACCCCACCUUCGGCUUUUGGCCGGUUUUGGUGAGAGCAGGAUAAUAAACCGCACAACCCGCUUCCGAACCGUGUUACAGCGUUCGAUCCUCAUCGCUGCUUUGCAUUCACCGCUGCCUUUCACAACACAUGUAUACCAUGGACGGAGACUACGCCCCAUUGGCCGCGACGGGCAUCGCCCACAUGAUCCUGGCAGCCAUGACAGGCUGGUCGUUGAAGCAUUUGGGCCGUCCGCAAAUGUACGACUCCUCGCUGAUAUACACCAUGAUGUGGUGCCUGAUGCUGUACAGCCUGCUCGGGAUGAUACGGUUCAGCCAUCCUUAUCCGCAUCAAAUGCUGCGCGCCAUGUACGACCGGGCUGCCCUUAUUGCUCGGGUGUGCCCACUACCGAUACUGACCGCCCAGCUGUACCUUACGCCUCACCCGUCCGCCUACAUCUUCUCGAACGAUCAGUCCCUGUAUGUGUACUACAACAGCCUCGCGUACACCUUCUUCAUGUCGGCGAUUGUGGCCUACAUCGCGUACUCCUUCUUCACCGAGCUGAAUCAGCGCCACAUCGCAAACCGCAUCCUGACCGGCGUGCUGAUGCUGAACGCUAUGGGACUUAGCUUGAUCGGGUGCCAAACCGGCAACUACUGGGCUUCCGGGUUGGUGGUGUCCUUCAUGUCCAAGCAUUUCAUGCUGCCGAUACUCGCUGAACGCUAUCGUUUGCCGUACGCUCUGCUGUACACGUAUGGGUUGAUUUUUUACGAGGUUUUCGCCGUCAACGCCAUGCUUGAUGCUCAUGCAUCCUACUCGAAGGUGAUCAUAUAACGUGGUGAAACGAUGAAAUUUUUUUU